GGCCGACUACGAGGUACUAAUUGGGGUGUCUAUUGACUUGGGAUAGUCACAGCGACUGGUGUAGCUUAGCGCCCUGCGUCAGCGCGACUUAGCUGAAAUGGGUUAUAGAUAUCCGCAUGAAUGCAUUUCAUGAAUAUCAAGAAUAUAACUUGGAUGAUAGGCGCCGAGUAAGCACAGCGAGAAUCUAUGGCAACUGAGGUGCCCUUGUCGGGAGGUGCUGCGGGUGUUCGGCAUUACUAUGCUGCUGUGGGCAAUAAGGAGGCCAAGCUGGCGACCCUACUGGAGUUGCUGCAGACGCUGCAGGUCGUCAGCCGCCGGCCAUUCGCCAUCAUCUGCAGUGCCCGUGACACCCUGGACUCGGUGAUCUUCACGUUGAUGCGGAGCCGCAGCUUUGCCGUCACCGCCAUUCAUAGCGACCUAACGGAGAAGGAGCGCGAGCUGGCGCUGACGAAUUUUAGGCGCAGCGCGUUUGAAACGCCCGCCCCAGCCCCAAACGGCGCCUCCGAUGCGACUGCAGCGAGCGAAAAGGAGGGGGCGCCGGAGAGCGAAGGCGCUGAGCGUGGGUUUGCUGGAGGGCAGGAGCAGCAAGGGGCGGGAGAGCAGCCGGUCUGCGUUCUUGCCAUCACAGACGUUUGCCUGAAGGCGCUGCCCAAAGAGUUGCUACCGCUUGGACUUGGGGUCCUUGUGGAGUUUGACCUGCCGCCAUCGAAGGAAGUCUACACACGGCGUAUUUCGACGCUCUUCGGCGGUGGGAGGGAUCGGAGGUCGCAGCGCUGCGUGGUGGUAGAUAUGGUCGAAGCAGGAUCCAUCGCUGCGUUCCGCUUGCUUGAAAGCUUUGUUGCCGGUCAAGUACAGGAAGUACCUGUGCGCGUGGGUGACAUAUUUUUGUAGCUGUGGACCAUACCUUGACGUUUGCAGCAAACGAGUCUUUAGAAUUGUACGGGAUGCCGUCUGGAUCGAGAAUACCAACAGCUGUGACAGGAAUUGGAACCGUGUAUGUGUACAAAGUAGGCUAUAGCAACUGUAAUUGUUUUUGUUUACGUACAUUCCAAAUGUUUUUGAGUGUUCAUCUUUUGCCUGGGUGCUCCGACGGAAGCAUGUUCAACAACUCGAGACAUUGCUGAUGCCCUGGUCGACUACCCACUUAAGUGGUAUUCAAAGCUUAUAAUCGUCUCUCAUAACUGAAAACGG